AUGUCGGAUGAUUGGAAAUCGGAGUUGCAAUUGCCGGAACGGGACCGCCGCUUCCGCACGGCCGAUGUCACUGAAACCAAGGGCCUGGAGUUUGAACAAUUUGGGUUGUCGCGCAACUUGUUGAAGGGAAUCUUCGAGAAGGGAUGGGAACGGCCAUCUCCGAUUCAGGAGGCUUCGAUUGCUUAUGCUUUAUCUGGUAAGGGUUUUGAGUUUUUGUUGGUUUUUAGGGUUGGAUAAAAUGGAGAAGAUGGUGAUGAAGGUUUCAAAGGCUAUCUUGGUUUGGUUUGUGCGGAAAACUUAAGGUUUUGUUGAACAAAUGGCAAAAAUUAUGUUAACAUAGUAGUCUUUGAACUUUUGGCUUUAUCUCAGAGGUUUUUGUCUUUACCUUUAUGAAACUUGGUAUAAAGCUGUCCAAAUAUCUACAGAUGAAGUAUAUAAAAUAUGACUUAACUAUGACCUUAGGAAGUCCGAAAAAUGGGAUAUUAUCCAUGAUGACCCUUAUAAAAGAUUAAAAAUUUCUUUUAAUAAGCGAAUAAGUUGUAAAAUACGGCUUUUUGAUCAGAAAUUUUUAGGACAAGAUAUUUUGGCCCGUGCGAAGAAUGGAACCGGUAAAACUGGUGCUUAUUGUAUUCCAUGCAUCGAAAAGAUUGACAACACUCUGAACGCGAUUCAAGGUCUUAUUAUUGUGCCAACACGUGAGCUGGCUUUGCAAACCUCCCAAAUCUGUGUCGAAUUGAGCAAGCAUUUGAAUUUGAAGGUACGUUUAAAAAAAUUGUUGAAAAAGUAUUUUUUGCGGAAAAAUGGCAAGAACUUUGUUUCCAAAACGAAAAAUGACAAAAACUUUAUUUACAAUUCAAAAAAUUGCAAGAACUUUCUUUACAAAGCAAAAAUGGCGAAAACUUUCUUUACAAAACAAAAAUGGCAAGAAAUUUUUUUACAAGCCAAAACCCCGCAAAAAUUUUCUUUAAUUUUACCAAUAUUUUGUAGGUAAUGGUAACCACCGGUGGUACCGACCUUCGUGACGACUUGAUGCGCCUGAACGGUGUGGUCCACCUCAUUAUCGCCACUCCCGGCCGUAUUCUGGACCUCAUGGACAAGGGCGUGGCCAAAAUGGAACGCUGCAAAAUGCUUAUCCUGGACGAAGCGGACAAACUGUUGUCCCAAGACUUUCAGUCCAUGCUGGACCGACUGGUCGCUCAUUUGCCCGAGGACCGUCAAAUCAUGUUGUACUCGGCCACCUUCCCUCGAACCGUCGCCACUUUCAUGACCAAACACAUGCACAAACCGUACGAAAUCAAUCUGAUGGAGGAGUUGACUUUGUUGGGUGUCACUCAGUUCUACGCCUUUGUACAGGAAAAACAAAAGGUUGGUUUGGAUGUUUUUGGGAUGAAAAAUGGGUUUUGAGGGAUUAAAAUGACAUUAAAAUUUUUCUUUGAAAAAAUAGAAAAUUUUGCUGAUUUAAAAGCCUAAGGUAAUAUUGAAAAGCUUUUAAAGCCGGUAACUUAAUGUGGAAAGAAAGUAAAGUAAUAUAGAGAGAAAGUAUCUUGGAAGCUUUUUUUGUUUGCACAGUGCGGUUUAUAAAGGGCCAUUUUUGACUGCACCGUGCAAAUUUUAAUAGCCUUUUUGAUUGCACGGUGCAAAAUCUUUUUUUUUUUCAUUUUAGGGAUUUCAAAAUUGAAAAAUAAGUUUCAAAUGCAAAAAUAUUGCUAGUGAGAGGACAAAAAAAUUUUUUUUGUUUUUUUUUGAAAUUUGAUUUUUUUUCAAAUUGACCUUUUUGAAAAAAAUUAUCUUGCCAGUUACCCUGUCCUUACUCCUACUUAACCCCCGUAGCCAUGCCCCAAUUAUACCUUUAAAAGUCACCAAACUUCAAAAUUUUAACUUCCAGGUCCAUUGUCUGAACACGCUGUUCCGCAAACUCCAAAUCAACCAGUCGAUAAUCUUUUGCAAUUCGACGCAGCGCGUCGAACUUUUGGCCAAGAAAAUCACGGAGCUCGGCUACUCCUGCUUCUACAUUCACUCGCGAAUGGCACAACAGCACCGAAACCGCGUUUUCCACGACUUCCGCCAAGGUCACUGCCGGAAUUUGGUGUGUUCCGACCUGUUGACUCGAGGUAUCGACAUUCAGGCGGUCAAUGUGGUCAUCAACUUUGACUUCCCCAGAAAUUCGGAGACUUAUCUUCACAGAAUUGGACGGUAAGUUUUGUGGGUCUUGAAGGGUUUUUUGGGUUGGAAAGAAAGUUUUUGUCAUUUUUUGUUUUGGAAAGGAAGUUUUUGUGAUCUUUUGGUUUGUAAAGAAAGUUCUUGCCAUUUUUGAUUUUGUAAAGAAUGUUCUUUUUGUUUUAUUUACUUGUAAACAAAGUUCUUUCUAUUUUUUUACUAUAAGAGCGCGAAAAAGUCUUGUCGUUUUUGUACGUGCAAAUUUAUGUAACUUGACGACAAGACUUUUUAGUUUAUAAUUUUAAAAGAGAAUUUGAACCAAAAUUUGUCUAGAAAAUCGUGCUUUGCUUUCUUAUUAGUGAAAAAAUAUCUAUACUAAUUAAAUGUUUUGCAGUUCGGGUCGUUUUGGCCACCUGGGUAUCGCCAUCAACCUCGUCACAUACGACGAUCGCCACAAUUUGCGCAAAAUCGAAAAGGAACUCAAAACCAAAAUCGAGCCCAUCCCCAAGGAGGUGGACCCCAAACUGUACGUGGCCGAGUUCCAGUUCGUGGACGACGAAGCCUAA